AUGAAAGACAUAUACAACAAUAAUUCAUUUACGCCAGAAGACACGGUGAGUCAGUUGCAGGCGUUCUCUUGUGAAGGAAGGUUUCAGCGGCAGUGCACGUGCCAGCAGAUAUCACUUAAAGGAUCAUCAUCAGCAAUGGACACCGAAAUGAAGCCAAAGGAGAAAAAUUGUGAAAAUAUUCAGUCUCUUCCGCCACGCACAGAAAACUGUCUAAAAGAGGACCCUGCAACUCCAGGAAUAGUUUGUAAUUUCCCGCCACUGCCACAGCCCUUUCCCCCUUGUUCCCGCCCUCCUGCUUCUUCUUCAUCUUCUUCUUGCAUCCCUUCAUCGGACGCGGACUUGCAACAAGCAGACGUCGAUACCAUA